AUGACCAACUUAGUAUCGCAUACAGUCGAAAAAACCAAUGCCACGAUUCUUGAUCUUGAGAAUUUAGUCUACCAGAGUUUGGGCGGUGGUGCAAAUGUCAAGGAGGCUACAUCGCGGUUAUUGGAUCAAGUCAUUACCUCGAUCGAUCUGGGGUCGUUUUGUGGGAGAGAAAAUGAACUGAUUGCUGCGUGUACAAUUCCUUUCCAGUCAGACGAGAAGAAAGAUCGCCGAUCACAGCGAAAAGGGAAGAAGCCAACAGGGUCUGUGGAUUACUUCUCCAAGGUGUAUCUGUAUGCCAAUUCGCGGUUACCACCUCAUUUAACACCAUUGAAAUUCUAUCCUCCAACAUAUCCCCUCCUCCAACUCGCAGCCAAGUACUCGCGCCGGGUCUACGACAAACCCUCAGGCCAUGAACGGCAUUCAUACGUGAAUUCAGACUGGCUACAAGGUACCAAAGCCAUGGUGGUCAAGUCGCUACCAAUCGACGACAUGAACACGAUCGUCUUCGCCAUACGUGGUACACAGAGUUUCCUGGACUGGGCCGUGAACGUUCGGGCAGCACCAACCUCUCCCACUGGCUUUCUAGACGACCCAUCCAACUACUGUCACUCAGGAUUCUUAUCCGUGGCCCGAAAAAUGGUUGCCCCCGUCGCAGGCCGACUACGUAAUCUACUUGAAGAAAAUCCCACACGCAUGUCCUAUUCGCUAGUCUUCACUGGCCACUCCGCAGGCGGCGCCGUCGCCAGCUUGCUAUAUCUACAUCUCUUAUCCGAGUCGCCAGUCGUGCAAUCAGAACUUACUCAUCUCCGCAGCUGCUUUAAGCACAUUCACUGCGUUACAUUUGGUGCUCCGCCCCUAUCUCUUCGUCCGUUGCAGCUCUCCCCUACUGCACAGAGAUCAAAGUCCAUGUUCUUCGCUUUUAUCAACGAGGGUGAUCCAGUGUCUCGUGCCGACAAGAGCUACUUUCUCUCGUUGCUAGAUCUGUAUGUUUCACCCGCUCCGGGGUCACUACUAGCCUUGUACGGCAGAAAGAAGAAAUCAGCUCCUAUCUAUUGGAGAAUCCCUUCAUCUGAUCUGUCACUUGCUGGUCGGCUUGUUCUUCUUCGUCCCCGGGACCAAUUGAGCGGCCGCCCUGUGAUUGUAGCGCCACCUGUCCCCGGUGGCCCUCCUGCACUGCCACCGCGGGAAAAGGUGGAUGCAUGUGGGAUUACAGACCCUGAGCUCCGAGGCGUGGUCUUUGGUGACCCCGUUAUGCAUUUUAUGGACUUGUAUUCCCGUCGCAUCGAUGCCUUGGCUAGUGGUGCCUUGAGCAAACGAUCAUGA